GACAGCACAGUGAGAGGAAACCAAAACUAGUCAAGUUGUGACUCUACACAGUGCCAUUUCUGAUUGCUAUCUUUCAAAAACACUUCUUUUUCCUGUGCCCUUCAGGAGAUUAUAAUAGCUUGCAGUUCAGUCUCUAAGGGCUUUGCUGAUUGAUCUUUCUCCUCAAACAAAAUAAGCAGUGAUUCCUGCAUUUCUGAAGAAGACCUCAAGAUCUGGACUUGUGGGGAAUUCCAGCAAGACAGACCUUGAGAGAUGGAGACAGAAUGCAAGAGAAUUCUUCUGCUGAAAGGGCUUCAGCCCCUCAACGACGACCAGUUUAGCAUGGUUAAGUCCCUGCUGGAUUCUGAUUUGGGGCUGACUCCAAAAAUGAAAGAAGACUAUAGCAAGGUCAAGAUUGCUGACAUGAUGCACAAGAAAUUCCAGGGGAUUCUCUGUGUGAACAAACUCCUGAGGCUGCUCAAAGACAUAGAAGGACUAGGAGACACUGUGAAAACUAUUCAAAAUGAGAAGAGAAAAGUUAUGAAGAAGUACAAAACACAGGGACUGGCUCCAGUGAAGAAAAGAAAGCAGGAGGCAUCCAGUACUGACGAAUCGACAUCCACCGCAAACAAGGCUUCACGGCCAGUGGAUGAUACUCUUGUGUCGAAGAAAAGGAAAACUAAAACCACAAGCAAUGAUAAAUCUAACAAGACACAGCCAACGCCGGAAUGGGGUCAGCUUGGACAACCUGCAGUCACAGGUGCCCUGUCACCUGCGAGCUUCUCUCAGCCUCCUCGGAUGCCUCCAUCAACCCCGGGCAGCAGUUUCUCAACCAAGAAAAGAAAAACUAAAGCCACAAGCAGUGAUAAAUCGAAGACGACGCAGCCAACACCGGAAUGGGGUCAGCUUGGACAACCUGCAGUCACACGUGCCCUGUCACCUGCGAGCUUCUCUCAGCCUCCUCGGAUGCCUCCAUCAACCCCGGGCAGCAGUUUCUCGACCCAGAAAAUGGAAACCCAAACCAUAAAAACUGAAAAAUUUGAGAUGAUGCAGCCAAUGCCAGAAUGGGGUCAGCUUGGACAACCUUCCGUCACAGGUGCCCUGUCACCUGUGAGCUUCUCUCAGCCUCCUCGGAUGCCUCCAUCAACCCCGGGCAGCAGUUUCUCGACCCAGAAACCAAGAUUGAAGUCUGUACCUACAAAAGCUUCCAGAGAAGAGGGUUUACAGACAUGCGCCAAGGAAGUGAUGGUGCUGAAAGCCACAGAGCCAUUCGCAUAUGACGUCAUAGACGAGGAGAGAAAGAUGUUUCACGCCACUGUGGUUACUGAGAGCCAGUUCUUUCGAGUGAAGGUUUUUCAUGUCGGCCUAAAGGACAAGUUCAUACCAAAGAGAGUCAUCACCUUAGCAGAUUAUAUUGGCCGCAACGGGUUCCUGGAGGUGUACAAUGUCUCUUCUGUGUCUGAUGUCAGUGCUGACCGAAAGAUGGAGGUCUCAAGCAGACUGAUCCAAAAUGCAAAUGCAACUCCUAAAAUCAAGGAUCUUCACUCAGAAGAGCCAGGAACAUUUGUGAGUGGGGUGUAUCAGGUGCAUAAGAAAAUGGUGUUGGAUCAAUGCAUCACUUUGUAUGAAAUACAAGAUGAUACGGGGACGAUGAACGUCUUGGUGUAUGGACGACUGACCAAAGUCAACUGUGAGGAAGGCGAUAAACUCACACUCAUCUGCUUUGAACUAAGCGGGGAUACAAGACAGCUGAGAUCUGUAACUCACAGCUUCAUCAAGACUCACACCCUCCUCCCACCUGUCUGCCCUGUGAGAACCAUCCCUUCAGCUCUUGGCAUUGAGUGCACCUGCUCCUUCCUCUCUCUCCUGCCCUUCCAUGUGCACUCAUGCUGUGGGUCAUCAAGCCCAGGAAAAACAAGAAACAACAACUCAAUCCUGAUUUGUAUAUGAAAACCCCAGCAUAACGUCCUUCUAAAAACCUGGAUGCCAUUAACGAUGUACAUGGAAAUAAAAUCCAAAUACAGAAAAGCUAUAUAUGUACAUGAUAGAAAUUCAGUGAUAGGUAUACCAGCUGUUAAUUCUAGGAAAUAGAGUGUUAAUGGAGAAUUUUUAUUUUCUUUUUAUUUUUUUCUGUGCCAUCCUAAUGCCAUAUUUUGCAUGUAUAAUUUUUAUAAUUUGGGAAAAAAUAAUAAACUCGUUUUGCUAAAGG